AUGUCAUCCUCACCUGAGCCACGCACUCCAUGGUUCCACCAAGGAACCGACCCUAUCACAAUCAUCACCCUCGACCAACCCAUCCCUUCACGGUGGAAGAUCCUCUCGAAGCUCAACGAGCAUGACCACCAAGGCACCGAAGAAACGCGUGGUCGCCACGACCACUACUCCUACGCUACACUCAAACUCCUCUGCUGCGAUCCAAAGAAGCCCUCCAAUCAAGCCUUCAUGCGAAUAUAUCUCCAGGUUCCUACCAGAAACACCGAGAUGCAAGGUCCGCAGACCCGAUCCCGCCAGGCCACAAAAUUCACGCCCCCAGAGUUAACUGCCUACCAGGAGCUGACUCGGCAGGAUUUCAGACAUGUACCAAAGCUGCUAGGAUACAAGGUCAGCACUCAAGACAAGUCAGGGCUGGUACCUGGCGGAUAUGCGAUCUGGCUGGUGUGGGAAAAGGUCCCUGGUCUACGUCUCGCUGAGUCGAGUAACAGGCUUGCGAAUCAUGCAUACUGGACUCUGUCCGCUGUCGAGAGAGAACGUAUCCGUCAGGCCUUUAUAGAGGUUCUUCCUCUGGCCUACGUGAAUGGGUAUAAGCCCUGGGCGCCUGGUCUCUCGAACCUAGUCUGGCAUAGUGAAUCAGGAACCCUUUACUUCAUCGGUAUCCACGGCCUGAUGGAGAAACGUACAGACCGGAGCAAGUUCAGGGUCGGUCCUCAGAUGCUGGCGUGCUUUGGCCUUGUGAAACCUUCUUCAAAAGCAUGGCUUCAGAAUGAUUGGAACGGGGAUACUACAGGCUGGGAAAGGUAG